GACGUGCACAUUCUUCAUGAAUUUGGGGGCCAUGAGAGGCCGAGUCUUACGAAAGGAAUCUAUAUAAAGCAAGUAAAGCAGCUCCAUUGCCCACCAGAGCUCAAGAAAAAUGACUCACAUUCUCUUGGUCUCCUUCCCAGCCCAAGGUCACAUCAACCCAACCCUUCAGCUCGCCAAGCUCUUAGCUCGGCGCGGCGUUCGUGCCACCUUUGUCACCGCUACUCAUGCCCAUUUAGCCAUCUCAACCGCCGGUAUAGCUGCCAACAACAGCAGCAACAAUGACAACAUGAAUGUACAUUUUGCUCCAAUCUCCGAUGGUUUUGAGCCGGCAACAGUCGACAUUUUCAAGCCAGACUAUCCUCAACACCUCCAAGAACAUGGCUCCCGCUCUCUUGCCGACCUUCUCCUUGCCCUUGCUGCCGCCGGCCAACCCGUCGACUGCGUAGUCUACAACUUUCUUCUUCCUUGGGUUGCUGAUGUUGCUUCGGAGCUCGGCAUCCCUUCUGCACUUCUCUGGAUCCAACCAGUCACCCUCCUUGCCAUCUACUACCACUUCUUGCACCAGUCCCCACAUCUCUUCCUUGAUCUUUAUAAGGAAAUCAAGGUCCCAGGACUGCCACUGUCCCUGAAUUCCGAUUCCCUGCCAUCUUUCCUCUUUCCCGACAAUCCCUUCAUCCUUUCAUUGCCUCUUCUAAAUCACAUGUUUCAAGGGAUCAAAGAGUCUAAAUCUAGGUGGGUUCUUGUCAAUUCUUUUGAAUCACUUGAAGCGGAGACUCUGUCUUCCCUGAAAGACCUCCACAUCCUUCCCAUCACCGUAGGCCCGUUGGUUCCAGCAGCCUACGUGAGCAAAAAAGAUCAUAAGGAUUCUAGCUUUGGUGGCGACUUAGUAAGCGAAAAACGAAAAGAUGAUGGAGGUACAGUCAUAGUCGAUUGGCUAAACACUAAACCGCCUGCUUCAGUAGUAUAUGUUUCAUUUGGUAGCAUGGCGACGCUGACAGAGGCUCAGAUUGAUGAGAUUGCCUAUGGACUGAUAGAGUCGGGGCACUACUUCAUAUGGGUGGUGCGACCACCAAAGGACUAUGGUGGUUUUCCUAGUAGUUUCCGUGAUAUGUUUAUGGACAGAGGGAUGGUAGUGAAGUGGUGCAGCCAGGUCGAAGUUCUGGCUCAUCCCUCCGUUGGCUGCUUUGUUACUCAUGCCGGGUGGAAUUCGACGUUGGAAGGCUUGGUCUGUGGAAAGCCAAUGGUGUGUGUGCCCCAGUGGAGUGACCAGCCGACGAACUCCGAGUGGAUUUCGCAUGUAUGGCGGACCGGCAUCCGCGCGCAGAAGAGUGAAACAGGAGUUUUGGGGAGAGAAGAGUUGAAAAGGUGCUUGAAGAUGGUGAUGGAAGGGGAAAGCGGAGAGGAGAUGAGGAAGAAUGCCAUGGCCUGGAGGGAGGAGUCUAGAGCUGCAGCAGAUGAAGGUGGUUCCUCCGAUCGUAACAUCCAAGAUUUCAUCUGUAGCAUCCAAUCAUCGCACAAGGAAGGAGAAGAAGAAGAAGAAGAAGAAGAAGAAGCAGCCUUCCAACCUCUUCCAUCUCUUGCACUACAAUCCCCAAUAUCGACAUAGAGCUUUGAGCUACUUAUAUUAAGUAUCGUCCUGGAUCCAUGCCAGAUGAUUUCUGAUAACCGUGUGUGGAAACUCAUGUAUUUUUCUUUGAUCUUUUUUGAGAAAAUUUUCAUUUUUUA